GACUUGGCUGAGAGGGUUGACAUGAUCUUCCGGAAGAGGGCGGAGGAGGUUAAGCGGAUCAAGGCGGCGAUUGAGGAGCAUGAGAGGGAGGAGGAGGAGAGGGAGAGGCUGGAGCAGGAGGAAAAGGAACGUGCUGAGCGGGAGUGGGUUGAGAUGUGUAUGGACCAAGUGGACGGCUACCGUUCCCAAGGCGUGAAGAUCAAGAACUGAGUGCUAGUGGUCGGCGUUUGAGCUGGGAGCCGAGGAGGGCAAUCUUACGGGGUAUACGAGAAUUACGGGACACGGAGGCACAC